GACAUGGACCCAAAUCCUCGAGCAUCCCUGGAGCGCCAGCAGCUCCGCCUGCGGGAGCGGCAGAAAUUCUUUGAGGACAUUUUGCAGCCAGAGACAGAGUUUGUCUUCCCACUGUCCCACCUGCAUCUCGAGGCACAGAGACCCCCCAUAGGUAGUAUAUCAUCCAUGGAAGUGAAUGUGGACACGCUGGAGCAAGUGGAAUUUAUUGAUCUUGGGGAUCAAGACGGAGCAGAUGUGUUCUUGCCUUGCGAAGACCCACCGCCAACCCCCCAGACGUCUGGGGUAGACGACCAUCUGGAGGAGCUGAGCCUGCCGAUGCACACGCCAGACAGGACCACAUCCCGCACCUCCUCCUCAUCUUCUGACUCCUCUACCAACCUGCACAGCCCAAAUCCCAGUGACAGUGGAGCAGACACGCCCUUGGCACAGUCUGACGAGGAGGAUGGGGGUGAGGGAGGGGCAGAGCCUGGAGCCUGUAGCUAGCAGUGGGCCCCGACCUAUGGACUGACAGAGCUGGCUAUUCUCCACAUGAAACUUAGGCCCAGCCAGAGCUCUUUGGGGAAGACCAGACUCUACUUGUAGUUGGGCACCAGAGGGAGGAAAGAAAGGUGGGUGGUGUGCCUCCCUGGGAGUGAACCCUCUCCUAUUUUAUUGCUAACCUCUUCCUGCUGCAACCCUCCCACUAGUAGAGCUCCUGAGGUAGAGCUUGCAAGCAAGGAGAUGGAGAUGAGGUAGGACAAGAUGCCACUGCUUUUCUUAGCACCCCUUUUCCCCCAAACUACCCUUGCCAUCUUCUAACAAUCUCCUAUACCAAUGUCUCUAAACAGACAUGAACUCUUUAGCACUCAAGUAAGGUGGUACUCCAACCAUCCUGCUUCCUUAUGUCCUUUUUUUGGAAUAGGGCACGGUAUAAAUAAUAAAUGAUAAUAUGCCAACCAUUCCACUUCAUUUUUCACGUUGCAAAGAUAUCAUACCCACUGUGUCUGUUUAGUUCUGUAGCCAACACCAUAUCCCCCUGACGCAUUUGCUCCAUUUAUUCUAGAAAUAUUUAUUGCAUACCUGUGCUGGUUAUUGGGGAUACUGUUUUGAAUAAGACAGGCUGUAUUCCUGCCUUCAUGGAAUUUAUUGUCUCUGCAGGAGGAGAUGAAAUACCACAAUUCUCAGUGCAGUAAGUAGCAUGACAAGGAGCUACCCUGCUAUCAGAAAAUGGGCAUCUUAACCUGGCUAGUAUGGUUUGUUGAAGAACUGAUUUUGAAGCUGAAAUCCAAAGGAUAGGUAGGAGUUAGCUAGGUGGGGGCUGUAU